ACGAGAGUUUGUUUUCAAGUAGCUCGAUAUCGAACAAGACAAACUUCUUCGUUCACGCAUUUUACUGUUAGUAGUACUAAAAGAUUAGAGGAUUGUCCAAUGCAUGGAGUGUCAACUACGGUUUAGCCAUCGAAUGCAUGCCACCGAUCAUAGCACUUUUCCUUUCUAUGUCGAUGUAUCUCAACGCAAUUUUUAACACAAAAAAGAUGAGGGAUGUACUGUUAUUCAUUAAAAAUAACCAUAAUUACUACGCGAAUCGUCCAGAAAAGCUGAUUCUUCGAUAUUAUGACGUACAAGGAAGAAAAAUUACACUUUAUUAUGCCUUAUACGUUUACAUAACAGUGGUGGCUUACAUAACGAUACCAGCAAUGUCGCUGCUAAUUGAUUUCAUUAUACCCUCGAAUCAUUCAGAAGAGAAAAGCUUUCCAAUUGAACUCGAUUAUGGCGUGGAUACACAAGAAUAUUUUUAUUAUCUGUUCAUACAUUCAUACAUGACAAUAGCCAUGAUUGCCAAUUUAAUUGCUUCUUGUGAUACUACAUACAUGCUAUACGCCCAACAUGGCUGUGCUUUGUUCGCAAUUGUGAGUUACGAAUUGAGAACUGUGCACAUUUUGGAUGCGAGUAGUUUGAUAAAUUUAAAGGAUCAUCGUUUAUUCGAGAACUACAAAAAUACCGAAUUAUUGCCGGAAGAAGAGAAGAAAAUUUGCACGAAACUGUUUCUUUGUAUAAAAGAAUAUCAAAAUGCAAUAAGAUACUGUAAUCUUGUCGAAUCACUGUUCGCCAAAUCCAUAUUCGUUCAAUUGUUCUUUAACGUUGUCUGCCUUAGCAUUGCAGGAGUCGAAACUGUAAUGAAACUAGGCAAUGCAGCUGAUACGAUACGAUUUGGAUCAUUUACAUUCGCGCAAGCUGCUCACAUAUUCGUCCUCUGCCUUCCUGGGCAAAGAUUAUUGAAUCACAGCGAAGAGGUGUACAACGCGGCAUGCGAGGCUAUGUGGUAUAUAUUUCCUAAAAAGUGUCAUAAUUUAUAUAAAUUUUUACUCGCAAGGACUUUAGUAUUUAGCAAAAUUACAGCUUUCAAAGUAGCGACCAUGUCAAUGGAAACUUUUCUCGCGAUUAUUCAAACAGCAAUGAGUUAUUUUACCGUGUUGCUUUCAACCACGUGAACUUUUAAUGAAAUUAAAAAGCAAUAUAUUUUAGUUGCAUAUUUAAUAAAGAUCGUAGGGGUUUGAUAGAAAAGAGAUUUCCUUCAUUUUAUUUCUGCGAUAAAUACAAGGAUACGUUUUAAAAAACUCAGGGUAACAACUCGCAUGUUUAACAACACCAAUAUUAGAGAUAGAAAGUAACUAGGCAUGUACAAAACAAUUAAGUAUUAAAGUAAAGGCACUGUAUGGUGCACGCACAUUGAAAUUCGCACUUUAUCUUGACUUUGAUCUCCUUCUUGGUUUUUCCUUUUUCCUCGUUGCGUUGCGGUGAUUGAAUUUUUGAAUGCCAAGAUUCGGUAAGUACAAGUAAGUGUAUAUGCGCGUUUUGUUCCUCUCGAGAUACAUACAUAUAUGUAGUGACGGUUAGUGGAUUUUACAGCAUACUGCAUGCUACAUGAACAUCAUGUAAUCAUAAACAAUCUCGAAUUAUUAAAUCGGCUUGACGAUUUUUUCUCGCCU